CGGCCGUGCCCGCCUCGCGCCCGCCGGCCCCGCCUCGGCGCAGGUUCAGGCGGGGCCGGGCGGGCACCGCGCGGGGAGCGGCGCCGCGGCACCAACCGCCACCCCCGCCCCGGCCGGCCUCGCCCGGCGCGCGCGGCCCCCGCCGCCGCCCCCCCGUCCCGUCCCGUCCCGUCCCGUCCCGUCCCCGCCAUGGCGGAGCAGGAGAGCCUGGAGUUCGGCAAGGCGGACUUCGUGCUGAUGGACGCCGUCACCAUGCCCGAGUUCAUGGCCAACCUCCGCCUGCGGUUUGAAAAAGGACGGAUUUAUACGUUUAUUGGGGAAGUAGUGGUUUCUAUGAACCCUUACAAGAACUUGAACAUCUACGGGCGUGACAUGAUUGAGCAGUACAAAGGAAGGGAGUUGUACGAGAGGCCUCCUCACCUUUUUGCAAUUGCCGAUGCUGCUUAUAAAGCUAUGAAGAGGCGAUCAAAAGACACCUGUAUUGUAAUAUCAGGUGAAAGUGGGGCUGGGAAAACCGAGGCCAGUAAAUAUAUUAUGCAGUACAUAGCAGCCAUUACCAACCCUAGUCAGAGAGCUGAGGUGGAAAGAGUGAAGAACAUAUUGCUGAAAUCCAACUGUGUGCUAGAGGCCUUUGGCAAUGCCAAAACAAACCGUAAUGACAACUCCAGCAGGUUUGGAAAAUAUAUGGAUAUCAACUUUGAUUUUAAAGGAGACCCAAUAGGUGGGCACAUCAAUAAUUACUUACUGGAAAAGUCUCGUGUGAUUGUGCAGCAGCCAGGGGAACGAAGCUUUCAUUCUUUCUAUCAGCUCCUGCAGGGGGGUUCUGACCAGAUGUUGCGAUCUCUACACCUUCAGAAAGAUGCAUCUGCAUACAACUAUAUCCGUCCUGGAGCACAGCUAAAGUGUUCCAACAACGAUGGUGCAGAGUUCAAAGCAGUAGCUGAUGCCAUGAAAGUGAUAGGCUUCAAGCAAGAGGAGAUUCAGACCGUCUACAAAAUUGUGGCAGCCAUUCUUCACUUGGGGAACUUGAAGUUUUCUGUGGAUGGUGAUACGCCUCUAAUAGAAAACGGCAAGGUUGUGUCGGUCAUUGCAGACUUGCUGUCGACCAAAUCGGACAUGGUGGAGAAGGCUCUCUUGUUCCGAACUGUAGCUACAGGUCGGGAUGUCAUCGACAAACAGCAUACUGAGCAAGAAGCCACUUAUGGCAGAGAUGCCUUUGCAAAAGCAAUAUAUGAGCGUCUCUUUUGUUGGAUCGUGACACACAUCAAUGACGUGAUUGAAGUGAAGAACUAUGACACUACAAUACAUGGGAAAAACACAGUCAUUGGGGUCCUGGAUAUCUAUGGCUUUGAAAUAUUUGACAAUAACAGUUUUGAGCAAUUCUGCAUUAAUUACUGCAAUGAAAAGCUACAGCAGCUCUUUAUUCAGCUGGUUCUAAAGCAAGAACAGGAAGAGUACCAGCGCGAGGGAAUUCCCUGGAAGCAUAUCGAUUACUUUAACAAUCAGAUCAUCGUUGACCUGGUGGAGCAGCAGCACAAGGGCAUCAUUGCCAUUCUGGACGAUGCAUGCAUGAACGUUGGGAAGGUUACGGACGAGAUGUUCCUCGAGGCUCUUAAUAACAAGCUGGGGAAGCAUGCUCACUUCUCCAGCAGAAAGCUUUGUGCCACCGACAAAAUCCUGGAGUUUGAUAGAGACUUUCGAAUCAAGCACUACGCUGGAGAUGUGAUUUAUUCAGUCACUGGAUUUAUUGACAAAAACAAAGACACUUUAUUUCAGGACUUCAAGCGCCUUAUGUACAACAGCUCUAACCCUGUGUUGAAGAUGAUGUGGCCUGAAGGUAAACUGAGCAUCACUGAGGUGACCAAGCGACCCUUGACAGCUGCUACCCUCUUCAAGAACUCCAUGAUUGCACUAGUGGACAACUUGGCAUCCAAGGAGCCAUAUUACGUCCGUUGCAUUAAGCCCAACGAUAAGAAGUCACCGCAGCUCUUUGAUGAGGAACGUUGCCGGCACCAGGUGGAAUACCUUGGCCUUUUGGAGAACGUGAGAGUCCGUCGAGCAGGAUUUGCCUACCGCCAAACAUAUGAGAAGUUUCUGCACAGGUACAAGAUGAUCUCAGAAUUCACUUGGCCAAACCACGACCUCCCGUCAGACAAAGAAGCUGUGAAGAAGCUCAUAGAGUGCUGUGGAUUUCAGCACGACGUUGCUUAUGGGAAGACCAAGAUUUUCAUCCGCACGCCUCGGACGCUGUUCACCCUGGAGGAGCUGCACGCCAAGAUGCUUGUGAGGAUCGUCCUCUUCCUACAGAAGGUUUGGAGGGGUACUUUGGCCCGCCUUCGCUACAAGAGGACACGGGCUGCCCUCACGAUACUCAAGUAUUACCGCCGCUACAAAGUGAAGUCCUACAUUCAUGAAGUUGCCCGACGCUUCCAAAAUGUGAGGUCAAUGAAGGAUUAUGGCAAGCACGUGCAAUGGCCCACCCCGCCGAAAGUGCUGCGCCGAUUUGAAGAGGCCCUUCAGACAAUUUACCACAGGUGGAGGGCAAGUGAACUCAUCCGGAGCAUCCCACCAGAAGACCUACCUCAGCUGAGGGCAAAGGUUGCUGCCAUGGAAGUGCUGAAAGGCCACAGAGCUGAUAUUGGCCUACAAAGAGCAUGGGAGGGGAACUACAUCGCACUGAGACCAGAUAACCCUCAGACCACGGGCUCUUUCACCCCUGUUGCCAAUGAGCUGAAACGGAAGGACAAGUACAUGAACGUCCUCUUCUCCUGUCACGUCCGCAAGGUGAAUCGCUUUAAUAAGGUCGAGGACAGAGCAAUCUUCAUUACUGAUCGACACCUCUAUAAGAUGGACCCUAUGAAGCAGUACAAGGUGAUGAAGACCAUCCCGCUCUAUAACUUGGUAGGAUUGAGCGUCUCCAAUGGACAGGACCAGCUCGUGGUCUUCCACACGAAAGACAACAGGGAUCUCAUCGUCUGUCUCUUCAGCAAACAGCCACCUAAUGACAGCAGGAUUGGAGAGCUGGUGGGAGUCCUGGCAAGCCACUUCAAGAGUGAGAAACGCGCUCUGCAAGUCAGCGUCACCAACCCGGUCCAGUGCAGCCUGCACGGGCGCAAAUGCACCGUCUCCGUGGAAACGAAGAUCAACCAAUCGCAGCCGGAUUUCACCAGGCAUCGCUCCGGGUUCAUCCUCUGCGUGCCGGGGAAUUAGCAUCCCGGGCGGCCCGGAGAGCGAGCCGAGCAAAGACGGACGGAGAAGGGUUUCGAUCGCCCUCCCUGGGCCUUCGGCUUUUCGGGGGGAUGGAUUUGGCGAGCCGCUCGGCCGGGACUUAGUCGCGCACCUAAAAAGAGCUCCAAAUUGGUCGAGCCCAAAUUCAGGAGAGGGCUUUUUUUUUUUUUUUUUUUUUCCACAACCACAUGCAACUAAGGCUUAAAAUAGCCAAGGGCCUGUAUCCAACAUACAGAACAGGCCAGAAUAUCAGGAAGCUGAAUUAUUCAAAAAAACAAAACAAAACAAAAAAAAAAACACAGUUAUAGGUACUUAUCCCCUUUCCCGCAUUCAUCUCUUGACCCUUCUCCGACGUUCCCCUCUGCGUUUCUGUAUGUCGUUUCACAGCCUGGAGGACCCAAAGAGCCCGGGCUCAGAAAAGGGAGAUGCUGGCAAGUGGGUCCCCCAUUCCACAAGACCAAAUCCCUUGGGAAAAGGGAGCCGCGGAUGGGAUUUGGGCACCGGGGAGCCGCGUCGGGGCUGGCUUCUCCUCCGCGGGCGGCUGCCGUCCCCAGGUCCUGCGCCGGGGAGCCCGAAGCCCUUCGCUCCCUCGCUUUGCACUAUGUAGACACUAACUCUGGGCAAGUCCGUCCACGAAGCAAAAGGGGCAGCGCAGACUCGAUAUUGCAAACGGCUGGGCUGUUCCCGGGGGGAUAGUGUUUUUCCCAGGGGUUUUUCCAGUUGGACCCUCAUCCUGCAUCGGCGACGGGGCCCCCGGUUUUAACAGCGUUGCUUUGCCGUUGCCAUCGCCUCUGGACCAGCCGCAUGCACUUUUUUAUUUAAUGCCGGUGCCUUGCGUAGCAGGCUGCUUCUGCGGUGCUGGAGCAGAGGAGAUGGGGGGACAGGGGGCUUUUAAAUAAAUAAAUGUGUGUGUGUAUGUGUGUAUGUGUGUGUGUGUGUAUAUAUAUAUAUAUCUAUAAAAUAUAUAUAUAUAUAUACACACAUAUAUACAUAUUUUUUAAUAAAUAUAUAUAUAUAUACACACAUAUAUAUAUAGACACACACAGUGCGUUCUGGCACUGCUGGUCAGGUCAGGAUCUCCAGCCCGUCGGCGGUGACCCCGGCCCGGAGGUCCCUGGGGUGGAGGCACCCAGAGGUCCUCCCGGCCCGGCCUCGCUGUUGGUGACCAAGGAGCGUUUUUCGGGGGCUCAGAAAGCCCCGGCAAGGUGCUUCGCCGCCCGAACCGGAGCCCUUUGCCGCCCGGUGCGGGAAAGCGGCGGGUGGCAAAGCCUUGCGGGGUCCCUGCCCCCCCCCGUCCCCUGUCCCCAGUCCCCCGGGGAGGUGACGCUGGACCAGGUCCCCUCAAACACCGAUGGACAGCACUAACCGGCGCCUUUGAGGAGAGGUCUAACACUAAAGCUGGCAAUAUCGUACAUGAUGAGAGGUGUCUUUAUAAAAUAUAUUAUCUGUGCCCGCUCUGGUUUUAUAGAUAUACAUAUAUAUAUAUAUAUAUAUAUAUAUAUUCCUGUUUUUUUCCCCCCAUAAAUUAACUAUUUCUAAAUCGUAUUUCAAUGUUAAGCCUGGGGCGAUAAUGCAAUGAUUUUUUUUUUUUUUUUUUUAAAGUCAUUCCUAUUUUAAUGGGUAAAAGACCAGAAAAAAACCUACUAUAAUGGACUUGGGUUUUUUGUUUACAUAAUUGCCUGUAAUAAAUAAAAGACCUAUUAGUUGCAUCGCGCGCGGUGCGGGCCCAGUUUCUCUCGCGCCGCCGGCACAAAUCCGAUUUUCCCAGGCGGCGGCUCGUUCGUUAGCGGCGGCGGCCGCAGAAACGACUCGCUGCAACGGGCUUCCGUGUAAUGGAUGGUCAGUGCAUUUUUAUUUAAUCGGCACAGUACAAAAAUAAAUAAAAAUAAGGGGAGGGGAUUAAAUUACAGGCACACUGAGCCCCAUGACACAGUCUGUCAGGUUAUAAACCACACAUACUUACAAACACACUAUACACAUACGUACAAAAAUGAGACAAAUAUAAAUUAAUAAGUAACAAUACCCACCAAUUUGGUCAACAAAGAUCUACGGAAGAGAUUGCACUAAAAAAAAAAUAAUAAUAAUAAAAAUAAAACGUACGUACACAUGUAUCAUUAGCAGGUUCCAAUGUACAGCAAUGAAGAGCUUCAAGUGAAAAAUAAAAAUUAAAAAAAAAAAAUGGCACGUUA